AUGUCGCGGGGCUCCCGCCUGGCACUGGCCGUCUCCGCAGUGCUCUCCGCCGCCAUCGUGGCGGCCGUGCACGUCCAGCAGCGCCGGGAGCUGGAGAGGCUGCGAAGUGGCGUUGUCAGAGAUCUUGAGCGUCAGAAUCAGAAAAAGGAGAACGUUCGCCUGUUAGAAGAGCAGAUUGCUCUGACAAAGCAGCUCACGGAAGAGAGAGACAAGGCGCUAAUGGAAAGACGUUCCCAGCAAUCUUAGGCAAAGGCCUGGCUCCUUAGAA